UUCUGGGGACCCUGAGCCGCCCUUCCGAGGGGUCUGUGCCUCCUGGGAGAGGGUUGGUCUCCAGGACGAGGGUCCGUGGUGGAUGGCUCUGGGGAUACUCCCGAGGCUGUGCCAUCCCCCUGCUGCGCAGGUUGGAGGGUCACUGCAGAGGCUGCUUGUGGUCCCGGGGCUGGGGCCAAGGGAGCCUGCACCGGAGACCCAUGUGGAAGCCAAGGACACAGCCGCCCUGCUGAGAGCACGGCGGCCCACCCUUGGAGACCGUGACCUCUCGACGGUGGCCCUCCUCGGCCCUCCACCUCCGGCUGGGGCGGGGGCCGCCCAUCUCCAAGUCCCCAGCCAUGACGACAUCAGCGCUGCGGCGCCAGGUGAAGAACAUCGUGCACAACUACUCGGAAGCGGAGAUCAAGGUGCGCGAGGCCACUAGCAAUGACCCGUGGGGUCCGCCCAGCUCGCUCAUGUCGGAGAUUGCCGAUCUGACCUUCAACACGGUGGCCUUUGCCGAGGUCAUGGGCAUGCUGUGGCGGCGGCUCAAUGACAGCGGCAAGAACUGGAGGCACGUGUACAAGGCGCUGACGCUGCUGGACUACCUGCUCAAGACAGGCUCCGAGCGGGUGGCCCACCAGUGCCGGGAGAACCUCUACACCAUCCAGACGCUCAAGGACUUCCAGUACAUCGACCGCGAUGGCAAGGACCAGGGUGUCAACGUGCGCGAGAAGGUCAAGCAGGUGAUGGCCCUGCUCAAGGACGAGGAGCGCCUCCGGCAGGAGCGGACCCACGCCCUCAAGACCAAGGAGCGCAUGGCGUUGGAGGGCACGGGCAUCGGCAGCGGGCAGCUGGGCUUCAGCCGUACCCGCGGUUCCCCGUCCUCCUACAACUCCUCCUCCUCAUCCCCCCGCUACACCUCCGACCUAGAGCAGGCCCGGCCCCAGACGUCAGGAGAAGAGGAGCUGCAGCUGCAGCUGGCCCUGGCCAUGAGCCGCGAGGAGGCUGAGAAGCCGGUCCCCCCAGCCUCCCACAGGGACGAGGACCUGCAGCUGCAGCUGGCUCUGCACCUGAGCCGGCAGGAGCAGGAGAAGGAGGUGAGGUCCUGGCGGGGAGAUGACUCCCCUGUGGCCAAUGGUGCUGGGGCCGGACCCCACCGUCGUCGGGACAGAGAGCCCGAAAGAGAAGAGAGAGAGGAGGAGAAGCUGAAAACCACCCAGGUCCCACCCUCUCCUGAGCAUGGUUGCCUCUGCCCCCAGCAGUCCUCCAUCCUGGACUUGGUGGACAUCUUCGCACCAGCCCCGGCCCUGCCUUCCACACACUGUUCUGCGGACCCAUGGGACAUCCCAGGUCUCAGGCCCAACACAGAGCCCAGUGGCUCGUCCUGGGGGCCUUCGGCAGACCCCUGGUCUCCAGUCCGCUCAGGAAGCAUCCUGUCCCAAAGCCAACCCUGGAACUUGACCCCUAUGUUCUCCUCCUCUGAGCCCUGGGGCCGGACCCCGGUGCCGCCUGCUGGACCACCCCCCACAGACUCCUGGGCACAGAACUCACCCCACCACAAACCCCCCAACACUGGGGCCGACCCCUGGGGGGCCUCGGUGGAGACCUCCAACACACCUGUGCUAGAUGGUACCUCGACCUUUGACCCAUUUGCCAAGCCUCCGGUAUCCACAGAGACCAAGGAGGGGCUAGAGUGUGCCCAGGUCCUGCCCUCUGGGAAGCCCAGCAGUCCUGUGGAGCUGGACCUGUUUGGAGACCCCGACCCCAGUUCCAAGCAAAAUGGCACAAAGGAGCCUGAUGCCUUUGACCUGGAUGUGCUGGGGGAAGCACUAACCCAGCCCAGCAAGGACACCCCAGCGCGCCGGACUCCUGAGUCCUUCCUGGGCCCCUCGGCCUCCUCCUUGGUCAACCUUGACUCAUUAGUCAAGGCGCCCCAGGCUGCAAAGACCCGGAACCCCUUCCUAACAGGUUUCAGCACUCCAUCCCCCACCAACCCCUUCGCCGGGGGCGACCAGGGCAGGCCGACCCUGAACCAGAUGCGCACAGGGUCGCCGGCGCUGGGCCUGGCGGCCUGUGGGCAGGUCGGCGGCUCCAUGACCUACAGCGCCUCCCUGCCCCUCCCUCUUAGCAGCGUGCCGGCCGGCGUGACCCUCCCCGCCUCGGUCAGCGUCUUCCCCCAAGCCCGCGCCUUCACGCCGCCGUCCCCCGGGAGCCUCCCGCAGCCACGGCUGCCCAUCUCAGGCUCCGCCGGGCUGCUCAACCAACCCCCGCAGGCCAGCACCAACCCUUUUCUCUGAGCAACGCCCCCACCUCUGGCGGGCCGGCGCGUGCGCGUGAGGCCCCGCCCCGGGUUGAAGGCGCUGGGCCCCGCCCCCUGACGUGAGCGGGGCGGGGCUGCCACGCCGGGACUCACCCCGGGAAGGAAGGAAGGCUGAGACUCUGCCCCGAGGCCGGCGUAGGUACUGCUCGCCGGCCUCCGCAGACUAUUUGCAGCUCCUGGAAAUGGAGACUGACGACUUCACUGGGGCCGAGACCACGCCUCGUAAUGAAGACUGGAA